AUGGCUGCCGACUCUCUUCUCGAACGACUCAAUCGCGACGGCUUCGUCGUCGUGCCAUCGGCUAUCACACCUGACCAGCUCACCAAACUGCGCGAGGCCACCGCCCAAGUCACAUCCCUAGCCAGGGAGGGAAAGUGGCCCUCUGUCCGCACACUUCCCAAGCAGUUUCCACCAUGGCCCAAAAAUAGCCCAGAGGUAGCCAAAGGUGGCAUAUGGGGAGUGCAGGGCAUGAUGCACCCAGACCUCCCCAACAGCUCCACAUUCGUCCAGGUGUACUUCAGCGACGCCAUCGUCAACCCGACAAAGGAGCUGCUGCAGUGCAGCGACGACGAGCUGGUCAUGGAGUUGUUCAACCUUCUGGUGCGGCCGGACCAAGACUUCGAGCUGAGGUGGCAUCGCGAUGACAUCCCUGCCACCGCCACGCCGGAGGAGGAGCUCGAGAGGCUGAACAAGCCCGCGUUCUCGGCGCAGUGGAACCUUGCACUGUACGAUGACGCUAGUCUCAUCGCGGUGCCAGGCAGUCACACGAGGGCAAGGACGGAUGUCGAGAGGAAUGCGGACCCCUUUGAAAAGGAGAUCCCUGGGCAGAUGAGCGUCAAGCUCAAGGCUGGCGAUGUGGUAUUCUACAACAACAAUAUCCUGCACCGCGGAGUGUACAGCUCGGGGACAGAGAGGAUGACGCUACAUGGGAGCGCUGGGCACGUCGAGGGCUCAACGCUGAGAGCGAGGAAUGUGCUCCAGCAUGGGCUCAGGGACUGGAUAGAUCGGGUGGAUUUCAGUGGCCUGGACGAGAAGACGCUCACACGGGCUCAGAAGAUGAAGGCAAGUCUUGUCAAACUUGGUCAGGAAGCUGGGGACGUUGGAUACUCUUUAGACGGGUGA